UCAGUUAUGAUUGUGAUCUUGAGCUGAGAGUGCAAAAUUUAAUAAACCAUAGUCAGAAAGUAAUAAUUUGCAACAUUUUAGAAAAAAUGGCGUUGAAAUCGGAUCUAAUUUGGGACAAACUCAACGAGCGGCUCGCCCUGAUUGAUCGGAACAAACGUACCUUCAAGGUGGUUCUGUUCGUUCAUUUACGACAAGAGGGGAAAGUGGUUAGAAGUGUUGUGUUGGACUUCGAUGAACUGAAAAUUUCGGAAAUCGAGCUAGCAGCAACCAGCACCGCAGACUACCCGGCCGAACGUAUCGACGGGUCCGUCACGAUUGACGACAACGAUUUCUAUUUGGUGGCAACGAAGGAAACCACAUUUGCGGCCCUUAUCGAACAGGGAAAAGUGGAUAUAACUGGAAAUAAAGAGACAUUCAUAACACUGGAUGAAAAAUUUAGGAAAAAGUGAACCACAUUGUUCACAUGGAACAACCAAAAUAAUCAAUGUGAAAUAUAAUAAGCAUCAAUGAAUAAUUGCUUUGUAACUCUCAUAAAAGGUUCGCAUUACUCCUCGUAAAGCGCAAUAAUAAAAUAUGGUAUAUAUCCGUACAAUCCAA